AGUUCUCCUGCAGGUUCAAUCUUUUUCUCCGUCAGGAUCAAAUUCAGAAUGAAUAUCCAGCAUUUUGUGUUCUUUUGCCUCAUAUCAGCACUGUGUGCUGGAAAUGCUGGACUCGUCAGUGCAAAACCCAACACUUAUGCAAUAGCUGAGGGAGGAACAGUUUCUAUAAAGUGCACAUUAACUCUGUCUGGAAACAUGAAGUUCUUCUGCAAGGACGAAUGUAAAGCAGAAGAUAUUCUCAUUAAAACAGAAGAUGUCAGAGCUCAGAGUGGCAGAUUCAGCAUUAAAUACAAAAAUGCAUCUUCUGGAAGAGGAAUUCUGACGGUGACCAUUACAAAUGUGACCAAGUCUGACUCAGGACGGUACAGGUGCGGUUUGGGCAAAACUUUGGCUCCAAAAUCAUACCGGGACUUUGAGGUCAGAGUGUUAGACGCGGCACCGUUGGACGUAAACUCUGGCUUUACUCGUACAGAAACCGAAGGAGGAGAUAUCACAUAUCCAUGCAGUGAUACUGUUUAUGGACGCAGAAAAUUCUUCUGUAAGGAAAAAUGUUUUAAACAAGACAACGUUCUCAUUGAAACAGAUGGCAACAAAACUCAGAGUGGAAGAUACAGCAUCGAAUAUAGAGAAAAGUCUGUGCCUGGACUGUAUGUGACCAUCAGAGAGGUGACCAAGUCGGACACAGGAUGGUACAGGUGUGGUUACGGCAGAGCUUCAUCUCAAGAUUCAUACAAAAGGUUUCAGAUUAUUAUCAUAGAUGCAUCGUCCCUUUCAGCUUCCAAACAACCAACAACAUGCCAGACUUCAUCAGAAACCAACAAACAGCCCGCAGAGAUCUUGAAUAUCCUAGGUCACUUGUUGCUUCUGGUUGUGUGUGUGCCCGGGGUUUGUGUGAUGUUUGCUGUGUUUCUGCUGCUCGUCUUCAAAUGUACCGCUGGUUUGAACACCGGAGGAAAUGCAGACAACCUUAACAUGGAGACUGUCAUCUGUGAGAACUGUCCUGAAGACGCCGUCUACCAGAGCCUCGAUCCAGCCAGCAGGGAUCAGGACCAAACCUACUCGACGCCGCUCACAUGAGCGUCUGACCGCAGACCUGCAGUCUGUCACUGUGCAGGUUAACAUGAGCCUCACGCUGUCAGUGUUUGGUUUAUGUAGUUUUCUUUGUACAUGCUAAAAUUUGCUUUUAGAGGACAUCUAUAAACAUAUUUUUAUUCACUUCUAUGCAGAUGAUGCAGGAGCUGGUCAUGUUUCUGAGCAUGUUAAUCAACCUCUUUGUUACAAUAUUAAAUGUUAAACCUUUAUCCAAACGUAGGAAUAAAUUGACAGUGCACAUAGCUAGUUGAGGUUAUAUUGUAGCCUGUUUUGCAGCUGCGGCCUCUCUGUUUUUCUGAAGACCAAUGCAGAAAUUAGUGACACUGUAGUCUCAUUUGUUAGCAACCGCCUUUUUUAAGACACAUAAAAGCAUCAAAGUUCACAGUACUGAUGUUUUUUAUGUCGUAAAACAAACGUGAAAGUCCCUUCAGCUUGUAUUAACCACGGAUCUUAUUUCAGACAUCUAAACCCAUUUAAAAAUAUCCAUUGACUUUAAAACGAGGGAACUGGAGGUGCUAAAAAUGCUAACUCAUUUUUGGGUUUCAGGACUAAGUACUUUGGCACCCUUUACUGGGCCAGUUUAAGAAACUGUUGUUCCCAUGUGUCAUUUAGGAACAAUUACAAAGUUUCCCUGUAACAGUUAACUUACUUGAUGUUUAUUACAAUUAUAGUUUGUACAGGUCAGCUUUUUGCUCUUUUUAAAAUCUCGCUUCACUUUUAAACUGUGCUGUUUGACACAUAUUAGCUUUAAUAAGUGACUAUAUGGAACAUUGUAAUCACAAAAUGUUUGUAUCCCAUAGAAACCAGUUUGCAUUGAUACAGUUUGAUGUGAUUGUUAUUUUCUAUAUCAUAUGUAAGUAAAUGUAUGGGGUGUUUUAUAUCACUGAUUGAACAAUUCAGAUGGUUUACUCAAGUAAGAAUACUGAUACCACACCCCAAAUACUCCACUUCAAGUAAAAGUCCUACAUUCAAAUCCUUACUUAAGUACAAGUUUGUAUGUACUUAAAGGAAAUAUACAUAGUGCUAUAAAUUGCUUGCAGUAAAUUUUUCCUUGUCGGUGUUUUAUUUUAAUAUCUGGUGUGUUUGGAUGUGUGUGUGUGUGUGUGUGUGUGUGUGUGUGUGUGUGUGUGUACUGUGUAUUCACCUGCAGUAAAUAUCUACAGUUGUGCUCAUUUUAACUCCUUUUUAUUCUGUUGGGUAGUUUAGUUUACAGCAAUGCAUCAUGGUCUUUAACAGGGAUACUCAACUUACUGAGCUUGGGGGGCCACAUCUGAAUAAUGAGAGGAGGCCAGGGGCCACUUGCAGCAGCCACAUGCAUUUUACUAGGAGUUUAGGACAUUUCUGUGAUUUAGGGACAUUUGUAAGAUUUUGGGAUGUUUCUAGGAUUUAAGUACAUUUCUAAGAUUCUAGGACCUUUCUUGGAUUCUAGGAUACAUGUAGGGUUUUAGGAUGUUUCUACAGUUUUAGGACAUUUUUCAAAUUUUAGGAAUUUUAAAACAUCAACAGCAGAUGCAGAAGGACACCUAAAAGAUUAUAAGUAGACUAGGAAGUCCACUGACAGAGCGGCAACAUGUGAUGACUUUGUAUGAGAAUCUGUUGGUCCAUCAGAACGAGGACUUUCACCCGACACCCCACUGUUCACUUCCCACAUGAAACUGUGUUGACUUAAACGGCGCUGACCAAGCAGCGAUAUUUGACAAGUUGAGAUGUGAAGGUGAAAGAUGUUUAAUUUCUUUUAUGAAGGGACUAUAAAAUAGCCUUUGGUUGUACAGAUUAGGUAUAAACACACACAUCACAUUAUGAUUAGAGAGAUAAUUUUUAUCAUCAAUCAAAACUCUUACAUAACCUCCUCCCCAUCCUGCCGCACCCACACUGGUGCUGCAUUUUUCAAUUAUUCAAACAUUGUUUAUAUAAAACAUUAGGUUUUAUCUGGUCUAAAUAUUGCAAUACCCAGCAGCAAAUUCAAAUCUAAGCCUAACGUGUUCAGUGUGUGUGGGCGGAGCAGGUUUGCUCCUAAUUUCUGCCGCUGUUGUAGGUGGAGUCUUCACAUGUGGAGGCUGGACUCAGCUCCUUAUAGAUGACAG